AUGGCCCUCCAGGUCAACAACGAUGCUCUAGAUGAGGUCCAUGGAGGAGAUUCAUCGUCGCGGCCCUGUCGGUCUGCCCCGUCCCCUGGAGAGCAGCAGCCAUCUCAUCAAGUGCCCGGGAGGAGCGCCAGCCCUUCGGCGUGCCCCCUGCCAGGGGGACCAUGUCACAGGACAGCGGGGGCUCGGCCUAAAGUGAAGCCGGAUGGCGGCACAAGCAGCCGUAGGGCUGGGCGUGGGAAGGCCAGACCCAGCCACGCCUCGGAGAGACUUUCCAAAGUGGAGCCGGCCACGGAGGGCCCACGGCGGGCAGACCCCGAGCCUGCCAAGGGGCUGGGCCAUUCCUUGCGGCAGAAGCUGCAAGCCGCCGUGGGGCAGUGCUUCCCCAUCAAGAGCUUGUCGCGCUCACCGGACCUCUCUUCCCAGCGCAAAAUUCACCUCCGGGAAUUGAUGCUGGACACCUGCCCCUUCCCCCCCGGCUCGGAGUUGGCCCGCACGUGGAAGCUGAUCAAGCAGCACACGGUGCCGGUCUCCGAGCACGAGGGCCUGGUCGCCCUGCCCCCCGAGGACGAAGAUGACCGCCUGAGGGAACGCCGCCGCAUCAGCAUCGAGCAGGGCGUGGAUCCACCACCAGACGCCUUGAUCCAUACCUUUGAGGUGACGGCGCAGAUCAACCCUCUCUACAAACUGGGGCCAAAGCUCGCCCACGGCAUGACCGAGUUGGCUGGGCCUGGCCGGACCGUGCUGACCGCCACUGAUGAGCAGGAUGAAGAGGAGGAGGAGGAGGAAGAAGAAGAAGAAGAAGAGCUGGAGUCAGCCUUUGCUGGGCUGCCAGAGGUCCGAGGCGGCCUGCGGGUGCACACCCAGAUUGACUACAUCCACUGCCUGGUGCCCGACCUGCUUCAGCUGACACAACUCUCCUGUUACUGGGGUGUGAUGGACCGCUACGAAGCUGAGUCCCUGCUGGAGGGCAAGCCGGAGGGCACCUUCCUCCUGCGGGACUCAGCCCAAGAGGACUACCUCUUCUCCGUGAGUUUCCGGCGCUAUGGCCGUUCUCUCCACGCCCGCAUCGAGCAGUGGAACCACAACUUCAGCUUCGACGUCCACGACCCCAGCGUCUUUCACGCGCCCACCGUGAGCGGCCUCCUGGAGCACUACAAGGACCCCAGCGUCUGCAUGUUCUUCGAGCCGCUGCUGUCCAUCCCCAUCCACCGCACCUUCCCCUUCGGCCUGCAGCACCUCUGCCGAGCCGUGGUGACCUCCUGCACCACCUACGACGGCAUCGGGCACCUUCCGCUGCCCCGGGCGCUGAAGGAGUACCUGAAAGAGUACCACUAUAAGCAGAGGGUCAGGGUGCGGCGCCUGGAUACCUGGGGCACCUGAUCCGUUCUUUGAG